GCAAAAUUCCUGAAGAUUGGGAUAAUGAAGAAUUUAGAUUUAUUCAGUCUAAAGCAAAGAAUUUUUCUUAUUAAGCAUUUCUAUCAAGAACUAGGUAAUUACAUUUCCGUUAAAAGUAAUUUCCAAGAUUUUUACGGAAGUUCUCAGGAGUUUUCCAUUCUUUCCAUUGAAAUCUUGACUGAAGUUGUGAGGUUGUUUGAGGAAACAGGAAGUGUUUUAAAAUAUUCAGAGAUGAAUAAUUCACCGGAGAUUGAAAUUGUAUGUAUCAAGGAAGAGAAGGAAUUUCUAGAAUUUGUUGCAAUAGAUUCAAAAGACAAUAAAAAUCUUUUGGAAGCUAAAGAACAUGAAGCAACUGUCUUAGAAGGCUCCUUGGAAGAUUGUAAAGAAAUCCUCCAACAGGAAGAAAGUGGCAAAAAUAUUGUCAAAGAAGAGAUUGAUGAGAAAAUUGAAUCAACUCCUUUGCAAAACUUUGAAAAUCCUGAAACUACCUUGGAAGACAAACCAAUGAAGAUCUUCAAUGAGAACUUUGGUGUAGCAAACAUUUUGGGAAGUUGCUCAAUUUGUAAUCAAAAAUAUCUCAAGAGUGAAUUAGAACGACAUAUAGCGAUGCACGGGAAGAAGAAAAGACAUCGCGAAAGAAGAUUAAUUUGUGAAUUUUGUGGUAAAUUCUUUGCCAACAUCUCAAGGAUGGAACAACAUAAAAUAAUUCACACAACCGAUCGAUCCUACCGUUGUGAAGCUGAAGGAUGCUGUAAAACCUUUAAAUGGCGAACUUCCUAUGAGAAGCACAAAAUGCGCCAUAAAGAAAAUGCCGGGAAGAAAUUCAAAUGUGAUCUGUGCGAAAAGACUUUUCGAUACAGCUACAUUUUGAGGAAGCAUGUCCUUGAUGUUCAUGAACCUCCUCAAGUGUUAAAGUGCAAAUGCUGUGAAAAGACUUUUACGCGAAAGGAGUCACUUCACAAUCAUAUGAAGUUGCAUCAAGGAAUAAUCCUUACGGAUGAGGAGAAGAUCAGUAGGGGCCUAAAAGAUUGCGAUCAAUGUGGAAAAUCAUGCUUACUAAUACAUUUUGAUAAGCACAUGAUGUCCCAUCGUGGAGAGCGACCACUUAAGUGUGAAAUAUGCGGUAAAGGAUUUAUCUGGAAGUGUGGCCUGAAGAAGCAUCUAAUGGCCCACCGAGGGGAGCUUUCGAAAACAAAUCUUCCCAUUUGUGAGGUAUGCGGGAAGAAAAUGUCUAAAUUCCAAUCCCUACAGGCUCACAUGAAAAUCCACGAAAGACCCACAAUGCCAUUUAAGUGUUCAGUAACAGGAUGCGAUAAAUCCUACUCCAAUGAGAAAUUCCUAAAGCGCCACAUUAACAGGCACAACUCAAAAAGACACAAAUGCAAUGAAUGUGAAGUUGAUUACAAGGAUUCGCAGCAAUUAAAAAUUCACGUUAAGAAGAUCCAUCUCAAGGAGGAAGCUCCCUUUAAGUGUGUGCAAUGCAACAAGGACUCAUGGACUCGACGGGUUCACAGGCAACAUAUGAAAAAGUACCAUAAUAUCGAAAUUCCUUUCGUAAGGAAAAAAGAAUAAAUGCGGGCAAAGGUGAGUGUUCGCGUUUCGCGCGAGAAUUUAAAUAAUUUGAAUAAGUAGGCCUUGCAUUUGUUGCCAAAGUAACGUCAGAGAAUAAAAAGAAUCCUGAACAAAUCUAUUUCGUGAACACUACGCUGAAUAAUUAAAUCACUUUAUAAUCAAUUAAUAAAUAUAAUAUGUAUUCAUAAA